UGCUGCGAAAACUCCGUGUAUGUGUGAACUCCUUGCAUGCAUGUGUUAAGAAGAGUUUUAUGUGUGUGUACAGGCUUGUGUGUUUUUGUAAGUAGAGCUGAAGUGCAGCCGUUCAUCAGUGGAGCUGACUGCAGGCAGGGGGAAUACUCAGAUCUCGCUUUGCUGCUUUUUAACUUCACUUACUUACUUUUUGGACUUUUUGAAGACUCACUGGACAUAUUUUGCACCAUAGUGGAACUCUGCUGUUAUUCUCUUUCUGUUCAUGCACCAUUCCCAUAACUGGAAAUAAAGGAUUUUUUUUCAAAUUUUUAAUCAGAUUUCUUAAACAAUUUUUCAGGUAUUUCCACCUGUUUAGCUGAUCUCAGCUCUCACUUUCUGGACUGGUCAGUAACUGUUUUUUCAUUACUCCAUAACUUGUCUUAUCUUUCUUGCUUAAAUCAGAUAUGAAAAAUUUUGGGAAUGGGUUUUUGGAAACACGCAACAAAAACUGAAAAGGUUUGUGUUCAGUGAUUUCUGCAUAUAAGUAGAGGAAAGACUAUGAGAAAGUAAAAUGAAACACAACAGUGUGGUAACAAUGGAUACUGUCUGCGCUGCCAGAGGCAUGUUGGGCUCAGGUGGAUGCUGAUCCCGACCUGGAAUGUUCUGAACUCCUGUGGAAUUUGGUUCCCCUGGAAACGGAUAGGCAGGUCUAUGUGUCCAUGUUUAAUGUUUAUGGCCCAUCUUUGAUGUGAGAGUUCAGCUUGAUCAUCCUUCAGAGUCCCAAGAGAACGACGUUACGCUGAUUAUUGAGACUCUAAAAAGAAGACUGGAAGAGAAAAAAAUAGAAGCCAACACUUUUUUAAGGAUCCUUCCAAUAAAUCCUUAAAAGGCCGGUGCCUGCUUCUGUCACACAGAUUCUGAAGACUGAAUCAGAACCAGGACACAACUAUAGCUUCUAUUAAUAAAUUAAAACUUAAAUAAAUCAAUUCACAGACUCCGCUUUUGAAAGAAAGGAGUUUGCUUUACGUUUGCCAAGAUGAUGACUAUGAUGAUGAUGGUGGUGGCCACGAUGGUCACCUGCAGCUCUCUGUUCCUGCUGGGGCUGGCCGCUGCCCAUGCAUCCUCCAGCACCGUGACCCGCACCUCCUCUUCAGCUUCUUCUUCUUCUUCCUCCUCCUCUUCAUCAUCCACCUCACCGCGCAUGAAGUUAUCAUAUAAAGAGUUGCAGCAGUUCCACGGAGUGCGACGGUUUGAGCUGGAGCGUUCCUGCUGCUUUAGCGCCCUGCUGUUGGAUGAAGAGAGGGGUCGACUGUUUGUGGGAGCCAAGAACUUCCUGCUGUCUCUGUCGUUGGACAACAUUGCCAAACAAGAACACAAGAUCUACUGGCCUGCCCCUGUUGACUGGAGGGAGGAGUGUAACUGGGCUGGCAAAGACAUCACUUCUGACUGUGUGAACUACGUGAAGAUUGUACACCACUAUAACCGCACCCACUUAUAUGCCUGUGGAACGGGUGCUUUCCACCCCACCUGUGCCUUUGUCGAGGUGGGACACAGGAUGGAGGACCACGUGUUCAGGAUCGACCCUUCUGAAGUAGAGGACGGGAAAGGAAAGAGUCCGUAUGAUCCUCGACACAACGCUGCAUCUGUGCUCGUCGGUGAUGAGCUGUAUGCAGGCGUGGCCACAGAUUUAAUGGGAAGGGACUUCACCAUCUUCAGAAGCCUGGGGAAACGCCCCUCUAUCCGCACUGAACAGCAUGAUUCAAGAUGGCUUAAUGAACCAAAGUUUGUUGGGUCCUUUUGGGUCCCUGAAAGUGAGAACCAAGAUGACGAUAAGGUCUUUUUCUUCUUCCGGGAGACAGCGGUUGAGGCUCAAGGGUUGGGAAAAUCUACCUACUCCAGAAUCGGACAGCUGUGCAGGAAUGAUAUGGGCGGUCAGCGAAGCCUGGUGAACAAGUGGACAACAUUUCUGAAGACCCGUCUGAUCUGCUCGGUACCAGGAGCUGAUGGCAGCGACACGUACUUCGAUGAGCUGCGCGAUGUUUUCCUGCUGCAGACGAGGGACAGAAAGAACCCUCUGGUUUACACCGUCUUCUCCACUUCCAGCAGUGUAUUUAAAGGCUCAGCUGUGUGUCUCUACUCCAUGAAUGACAUCCGGAGGGCCUUCCUGGGGCCAUUUGCUCACAAAGAGGGGCCCAACUACCAGUGGGUCCCCUUCCAGGGAAAAGUGCCCUAUCCCCGCCCUGGAAUGUGCCCCAGCAAGACAUUCGGCAGCUUUGAGUCAACAAAGGGUUUCCCAGAUGAUGUGAUUCAGUUCGCGCGUCACCACCCUCUAAUGUACAACCCGGUCUACCCUAUGAGUCGAAGGCCCAUCUUCAUCAGGACCAAUGUGGACUACAGCUUUACACAGAUCGCUGUGGACAGAGUCAAUGCUGCUGAUGGACAGUACGAUGUCAUGUUCAUUGGCACAGAUAAAGGGACAGUACUAAAGGUUAUCAGUGUCCCCAAGGAGAGCUGGAACAACAUGGAGGAACUUUUACUGGAGGAGUUGGAAGUUUUCAAAGACGCCUCAUCUAUCAUCAACAUGCAGAUCUCCUCAAAACGGCAACAGCUGUAUGUCGGCUCUGACACGGGCCUUGCCCAGAUUCCACUUCACCGCUGCAGUGUAUACGGGAAGGCCUGCGCUGAGUGUUGCCUGGCCAGAGACCCGUACUGUGCUUGGGAUGGAACUUCCUGUACUCGCUACCUGCCAAACACAAAGAGACGUUUUCGCCGCCAGGAUGUAAGAAAUGGAGACCCUAACACUCUGUGCUCAGGAGAUCAUCAUAAGCAUCGUAUUGCAGAGAAGAAGCUGUAUGGUGUAGAGGGAAGUAGCACUUUCUUGGAGUGCGUCCCCAAAUCCCUUCAGGCCAGAAUCACCUGGACCUUCCAGAAACAUCCACAGAAUCGACGAGAAGAGGUCCGUCUAGACGAUCGCAUACUCCAGACAGACAGAGGUCUUCUGAUUCGCCGUGUCCUGAAAAGAGAUAUUGGCAUCUACCAGUGCCAUGCGAUGGAGCAUGGCUUCACCCAAACUUUACUAGGCAUCACCUUAGAACUUGUACCUUCCACACCUUCAUUUGUCUCCAAUCUACCCUCCGAUGCCCCUGUUCGAUUAGACCCCCGCAGCGGAGGUGGACCCCCAAUGACCAAUCAAAAGCUUUGGUACCGGGACUUCAUGCAGCUGGUGGACCAUCCGAACCUAAACACGGUUGACCAGAUUUGCGAGCAGGUUUGGGCACGCAGGAACACCGGUGGUGACCAGGAGGGUAAGGACAUCGCACCUCUGCGUCCUGCUGUCCGCCCACCUAAUAAGAAAUGGAAGCAUCUUCAGGAGAUAAGGAAGGGGAGAAACCGUCGGACCCACGAUGGGAAACCAAACCCGCGUGCGCCACGCAGUGCAGGGGAGUAACGAUGUGGAGAAAGAAACGGAGGGAGAAAAGAAGGACUGAAACAAGAAGAAAGCAGGAGAACGACAGAGACUGAGAAACCAAGAACUCCUGGAGGUGUUCACGCAUACAGAUACACCCACAUACGCACACACUUACACACACGGACACACACAGCACCUCCUCUAUUGUGUAUAUUUAUCUAUGGAUGCCCCCACUAUAUGGUAGUCCAAUCCCUGAGUCCUCAUCCCACUGGCCAGUCCCUGCAUGUGCUGCCUUACUGCUCUAACUGAUUCUGCACGAUCCCUUUAUAGUUCCACUAGAUUAGUGCGUUUACUAGCAGAUACAUGGGAGUAAACACACCUUUAUGUGUGAGCAAUAAACUCACUUACCUGUCAUGGGUUCAUAGCAAAGGAUUUCCACAUCUCAAAAAAUCCAAUUACACAUUGCGUGUAGUUAGUGCGUCACAGUGUGCACACUGUUUUAAAGGACUGAACCACAGAAACAAAUGUAAGCCCAAAAGUUUUGGAUUAACUCCUAACGGCUUUUUUGCCCUGAAGAUUUCAUGCCAGCGUAGCAAAAGUGUGGACUCUUGUUUUAUGCACAAUGGGACCGAACGGAGCAACUGGAACAUACAAAAAAGUAACUGGAAACACAUUACUAUUUAAGUUCAAUUGCACAGGCAGUUAAAAAAAGAAGUAACAUUUGAAAUUUGUUCAGAGAAAUGAACAACUUCCUGUGGUGUUGUACACAGCAAGUGCAUUCAUAUUAAUGUCACUUUUCCAUGGUUUUGCGCAUAUUACAUAAAACAGUCACAAAAGAAAGAGCUGGCAUCCUGUGGAGCAGAUCAUCACAGCAAAUAACUGGUUAUGUUAUAUUUUGCUGUUUAAAAAAAACAGAUUGCAGUUUUCCUCGGGCAAUUUGAGGCAUGUCACGGCAAACUAAAUUAAACAAUGCAAAGCAGGUGGUCAUAGUUAGAGAGCAGGCAUAUUUGGCCUGAUGUGAUUACAUAUAUUGUUUUACAUACUGGCUUGAACCACUGUAGAAAGAGUAGAGGAAAAUCUACUCAAAUUCCAUGAAAUGACAAAAAGAUGUUUACAGUACAAAGACACAGGUGGAGCACAAAGAAAUCAGUUUGAAAGCAAAUAAUAACCUAAAUAAGUAUGUCUAAAACGAACCUGGUAUCUGUUAUGUGUAAAAAUACAAGAAAGACAGUAGGAAGAGCUCUGACAUAAUCCAAAACCUCACUCCAAAGAUGACAAAUUAGCUGAUUUCAACAUUUUGUGCGUAAACAUUAAGACAAAAUGAUGACGGGUGUUUUUUGGGUGAGGAGCAUUAAUGUGGCGAGCAGGAUGAAGAGGAAAAGGAAAGAUAUUAGUGGACUCCAAGUAUGACAACCUGUGUUUCUGGGCUACGUUGCGGUAUAUAUAUUAGCAUGAUAUUUAUGAGUGAGUCUAUAAUUUUAAUUUUAAUUUUUUUUUUUUUUUGGUAUUCGAAGCGGUACUUCUUUUGUUUUACACUGUUCUUGCAUAUAUUGUUUGUUUUUAAAUAGUUAUGCAAAGAUUUAAAUUAAGCGAGUCACAGAUUCUUCUUCUAGCACGGUUAUAAAAACCACAACGCAUUUUCACUGCAACAGAAAAGAAAAACAACUCUAUCAUGUGACUUCAUACACUGUUGUAAUCACUUCUCAGUUUGGUGUUCCGGUCAUUAGUGUCACUGAUUUCUGCUGCUUAAUGAUGUCAUCCUUACAUAAUGGACAAUUAGUACUAUAAGGUCUUCCUUCUCAUGUCUUAGUCUAAUCUCUCGCUGUGUACUGUCUGUAUAGAAGUCUUUGUUUGUUGGUUGUCUGUGCUAACAUUGUGUGUGUAGCCCUGCCCCUAGUGUCCAUUGUGUGUACAGGCUUAGGUGAAGCCUACCUGUGGUACCAUACUUUAAUGUAUCAUAGUCUAUCCACAUGAAAGAAAGUGAAACUGGCUGGCCUUGUAAAAUAAAACAUGCUUUUUAUUUGCGUUCAGUCUGUUUUUCAUGAUGAAUAUGUGGUCUGUUUAUGUUUCAUGGCAUAAACUAGACCUGUGAGUGGACUUUUGAUGUUUGGAUUCAUUGUUGCUGUUAUUUAUAUACCUUCUUUAUAGAGAUGUAAUUAACUCGUUAAACUGAACUGAACCGACUGACGCCUGUAAAAGGGACACUCUGCAUUUUGACACCACGUCCAGGUAGAGAGGGGUUACUGCAUUAAAAUAAGUAAACUGAUUUUCAUUGCAGGAGCAUGCUGUUAGUCUCUGCAUGUGCCAACGCCUGCUUUUUAAUCACAGAACUACUUAAGUUGUGCUAAUAUUAACUCUAUAGGGGUUUUCCUUCUUACAAAACUGCAUUUUUUUUACACUGGUAGUGAUGUCAAACUGCCUGAGUAUUCCUUUUAACCCAGCUGUUGUUUUGUGCUUGAAAUUGCAUGACCAAUGUUAGUGGCUAAUGCAUUUGACAAUGGUGUGGUGGCAAGAAAGAGAUGGAGAGAAAGAAAGCACAAUGUUGAAUAUUAUUAUUAUUAUUCGUAUGUAUUUAUGUGCAAAGAUAAGCUGAUAUGUUGUGGUGGAUUUUUAUUUUUCCUAUACAUGUAGAUUUACAUCUGUGUUGUUUGUGUUUUGCUUAAAAUUACUCAUCCCCAACAAUUUUGUACAUUACAGCCAAUGGAGAAGCUCUUCCUUAAAGACAGUGUCCACUUAGAGUCUUUGAUGUUCACACAGUCCUCCAAUCAAAUAGUCCUGUUGGAUUCCAUGUCAUGUGACGCACCCCUGUUCAACAGCUCACAAGGAGAAGCUUGUAUGUGUGUGUUUGUGUGUGUGUGUGUGUGUGAGGGUGGGUGAAUUGUGUGCUUCUGUUUUAUGCGUGUGUGUGUGUCCAUGUGUGAGUCUCGGGGGGAAAAGCAAAGCUCUGUAUAUAAUGGCAAAGGAACAGCUGUGUGUAGAGUGGUCUGUAGAUGAAAGUUCAAAGGUCGAAGGCCAAAGUAACGAGGUGCACUGUAAUACUCCCAGUUAUUUGUGAAAUGUCUUGUCAAGUUUUUUUUCAUUAACACAAUAAAAAUAUGCAGUUACUUCUA